AUGUCUGAGCAGGAGUCUGAUGAAGCCAAACGUGUGAAGCAAUUGGAAGAAGCUAGGAAGAGAGUGGAGGAAUUGAAGAAAAAGAAAAUUAAGAAAAGUAAAGGUAAGAAGAACAAAAAUAGCAGCGUCACUAGCUCUGUAGAACCAGAGCUUCCAGGUUCGGAUGAUAAACCAGGAGAAGAGCAUUCACAGGAACAAACCGAGGAAGUUGAUUCUACCAAACAUGAAAACAACAUUGAGGAUUUGGAAAAGAAUAAGGAUACCGAAGAUACUGAGAACAAAGAUAUAGAACGAGUUGAGUCAGACAAUUCUGGGGUUGAAGGGGAAGAAACAAAAGAAGACAGUGUUAUGGCAACACCUGUAGAACAGGAUGGCGCUAGAGUUACUCAAAAAGUGGAAGUUCAAGAAUCUACAGAAAACGACGACAUCAUUAUAAAAUCGGCAGAUGUCGAAAAAACUAUAGAACCACAAGAAGAGAAGAAGGAAUCUUCAUGUUCACCUGGAACAGCAGAUGAUCUAUUUGCGAAUGAUAACGAUGAAGAGUCCGACUUCUUGACCACGAUUGAAAAGCAAAAAGAAGAGGAUGAGUUGACUAAAGUAAGGGCGGAACUUGAGGAACUCGCACAAGAGAAUAAACAAUUAAAGUUCUUGAACAUGGAUAAUGAAACUACUGUCGAUGAUUUACAAGAUCAGUUGCAGGAGAAAGAAGACGUGAUAAAUAGUUUACAAAACGAUUUACAAUCUAUGACGGAUGAACUAAUCGCAACGCAGCAAAGGCUAAAGGAAGCAGAGGCUAAAUUAGCGAGAAAUUCCACGCCAACACCUAUUCAAUUUGCAGAUUUCAAUGCUUCAAGUAACAAUCUAACUCCCUCACAGUCUGCAAAAAAUUGUACUACGCAGAUGGCUCAUGGCAACAAUGCGGAAGUGGACCGUGUUAUGCUGGAUAAAUGGCGCCAUUGGAAUGUGGACAUGACCACUUGGAGAAGUAUUGGUUCAGGCCCAAUAAUGGAGUUUUGA